AUGUACAACUUCUCCGGAUCCCCGCCCAAGAAUGGCGCUGCUUUUAUCCGGGCUGUGCCUGCGGCUAACACUUCAUCGGAGAAAUCUGCGAUGAACACUCGUCAGAACAACUUCAAUCCUGGUGCUGGCCCCAGAAAGCUCGUCGUCAAGAACCUUCGUACUGGACCUCGGGCCAAUCAUGAGCCGUACUUCAACAAGAUUUGGACACAACUGGAUGGGGCAUUGACGGACAUCUUUGAAGAUAAGAAGCCGAAUAUCUCGCUAGAGGAACUCUACAAAGGCGCUGAAAACAUCUGUCGACAGGAUGGCGCGACCUUGUUGGCAAAAAAAGUCCAGGACAGGUGCAAGGCGUACGUUGCAGGCAAACUACGUGAUAAUCUGGUGACAAGGACAGGAGGCGGUACGGAUGUCGAUACAUUGCGGGCAGUGAUCGAGGCAUGGUCCUCCUGGCAUACAAGACUAAUUACGGUCCGCUGGGUCUUCUACUACCUUGACCAAUCAUUCCUCUUACAUUCGAAAGACUUUCCGGUUAUUCAUGAAAUGGGGCUUAUCCAAUUCCGCUCCUAUGUCUUCGCCGACAAAAGCCUCAAGCCUAAGAUUUUGCAAGGUGCCUAUGACCUCAUCUCCGUGGAUCGAGGAGCGGAGACUAGAAUAAUGCCGGACAAGACUCUUCUCAAAAAUGCUAUGGAGCUUUUCCACAACCUCGAUGUCUACAGCAGUGAUUUCGAGCCAUUAUUUAUCUCCAACACUCAGAAAUUUGUGACCGCGUGGGCAGCCGAAGAAUCAGAAAAGCCACUUGCCUCGUAUGUCGAGCAUAGCCACCGCUUGAUCGAACGUGAAGUUGAAAGAUGUGAAUUCUUCUCCCUUAAUCGGAGCACGAAGCAAAAGUUAUCCGAACUCCUGGAUAUAACGCUGAUUGCGGAGCAUGAGGACGUUCUUCUCAGACAGAACGAGGUCAUUGCUUUGAUGCGAUCGGAGAACAAGAUUGCUCUGAAGCAGCUGUACGGUUUGCUCACUCGACGAGGCCUCGGUAUCAAACUCAAACCAGCAUUUGGAAGCUUCAUCGUGGAGGAAGGCUCCAAUAUUGUUUUUGAUGAACAUCAAGAAGUAGUCAUGGUCAUACGAUUACUCAAAUUCAAAAAACAGCUGGACGAGACAUUGUCUGAUUCGUUCAACGGGGACGUGGACCUGGGCAACACUCUUCGGGACUCAUUUGGUCAAUUCAUGAAUUUGGGCAGGAAGUCAGAAUCGUCCGGUGGCACCGACAAUCCCAAGACCGGUGAGAUGAUUGCCAAGUACGUCGAUCGGCUCUUAAAGGGUGGAUUGAAGUCACUGCCACCUAGUCAAUCAGACGCGCCUCUGGACGACUCAUUUUCUGAAAUGCGACGACAGCUUGACCAAGUGUUGGAUCUUUUCCGAUUCGUGCAAGGGAAAGCAGUCUUUGAAGCAUUUUACAAGAAUGACCUUGCUCGGCGUCUGCUGAUGAAUCGGAGUGCAAGCGAUGAGGCUGAGAAGGAGAUGCUUGUUCUUUUGAAGAAAGAAUGCGGAUCAGGCUUCACUCAUAACCUCGAAUCGAUGUUCAAGGACAUGGAGGUAGCACGCGACGAGAUGGUUGCUUAUAAUUCCAUGCAGAAGCAGCUUAAUAGAGAUCGACGUCCGCCUAUGGAUCUGAAUGUCAGCGUGCUCUCGGCGGCGUCAUGGCCCACAUACCCCGACGUUCCUGUCCGGAUCCCUCCGAGCAUUAUGAGUGCUCUCGGAAGCUUUGAGGAGUUCUACCGCAACAAGCACAGUGGCCGGAAACUGACCUGGAAGCAUCAGCUGGCGCACUGUCAACUACGAGCUCGAUUCCCCAAAGGCGACAAGGAUCUAGUGGUCAGCUCCUUCCAGGCAAUUGUGCUGCUUCUAUUCAAUGAACUUGAGGGCGAGAGCUUGGGCUACAAAGAAAUUCAGGAGGAGACAGGACUAUCGGACCCGGAGUUGAAGCGAACCCUGCAGUCCUUGGCUUGUGCAAAGUUCCGUGUGUUGGUCAAGAAGCCCAAGGGCAAGGAAGUUGAGUCGACAGAUGAAUUCAGUUACAAUCCUAGAUUCGAGGACGCGAAGAUGCGGAUCAAGAUCAACCAGGUGCAACUGAAGGAAACCAAGGAGGAGAACAAGACUACCCACGAGCGUGUGGCAGCAGACCGUCAUUUCGAAACCCAGGCGGCCAUUGUGCGCAUCAUGAAGAGCCGGAAGACCAUCACGCAUUCCGAGUUGAUUGCGGAGGUCAUCGAGGCUACUCUCAGUCGGGGUCAGCUCCAGCCUCCAGAUAUUAAGACUAACAUUAACAAAUUGAUCGAGAGGGACUAUAUGGAACGAGUCGAGCCCAACUCAUACAGUUAUGUGGCAUAG